AUGCGCGAAUUCAAAGAAACUCCAGGAUAUUCGGCAAAGUUUUCUUAUUCAAAUUCAUAUAAUAAUCCGAAAAGUUCUUUAAGUUCUAAGGUACUUCGCGUUGCGCCAAAAGCGACUCAACAGCAGCAAUAUACCCGAAAUAGGAAUCUUUAUAGUCAUUGUAACAAUUUGAAUACGGCAAAUAAUUUGGAAAAAUAUGAAGAAUAUGAUUGGAUUGAUAAUAGCUGCUUUGAUAAUUGUGACGCAAUUGCUAUCUCAAAGGAAGAUUUAGUCAAAGCAGCCGCUUUAAAAGUCUCUCGUGGAGAUUUGUUGAAAGCAGUAUCAAAUUAUCAUUAUUAUCAUCAAACAUAUGAUAAAUAUUUCAAAGGAAAUGAUAAUGGAUCCCCAAAAAUAUGGAUCGGAAAUGUGACAAAAGAAGUUCAAAUUGAUAGGUUAAAAUAUGCAUUAACUGCUCAAUUCGGCUUUCUCUUGCACUUUAUUAAACCUUGUGAUAAGCCGUAUAUCCUUGCAAAAUUUAUCAAUUUAAAAUGUUAUGAGAAAGCAGUAAUGGCCGGCGAAGUUCGAGUAUUUGGAAAACCAUUGCCCGUUGAGCCAUAUAUUUACAAAUCAAGCGCCAGUUAUCAAUAA